AACCAUUCAACUGCUUCCCUCUUACUUCCAUUCUUUUCUGCUCUUACUUCUUGCCUCUCUUUUUAUCCAAAAUGUAAUGUCUUUGUCUUCCUAAGUUGACUUCACUUUUUCCCAUCACAAAAAAUUUCUAGAACAUGCGGAAAUCAGUGGGAGUUGUUCUGAUUUCCUUUUUCCUGCUCUCCAUUUUCAGUAUUUCAUUCCCAGGAUUUGGAAACACCUUCACCUUUAAAUUCAAUUUAUUAACCCCAAAAUUCUCCUCGCGUUUUCAUCGGUUAUAUCUUCAUUCCCAUAUAUUUGGACCAAGAGUACUUGUUAGAGGACAUUCGAAUAUAACUUCAGUCGUUAGAAGUUUGAAAAUGCGAAAAGGGAGUUAUGUGGAAGGGCCUUUGCUAGAGGAGUUUACAUUUCCUGCCAAUUCUGUUCCUUUCAACAACUGUCAUGCUUCUACAAUUGUGGAGGUUGAUAAAGAUCAUUACUUGGUUGCAUAUUUUGGGGGUACAUUUGAAGGCGCACCGGAUGUGAAGAUUUGGUUUCAGACAUAUAAGAACGGCUCCUGGCACUCGCCAAUUGUGGCUGAUGAGGAGCCCGAUGUUCCAAUGUGGAACCCUGUCUUGUUCAAACUUCCAUCAGAUGAGCUGCUUCUGUUUUACAGAGUGGGCCAAGAUGUUCAGAAAUGGAGUGGGUGCAUGAAGCGAUCAUAUGACAAAGGCAUUACUUGGACAGCAAGAGAACAGCUUCCUCCUGGUAUCUUAGGACCAAUAAAGAAUAAGCCAAUCUUGCUGGAAAAUGGGGUUUUGCUCUGUGGGUCUUCGGUUGAAAGCUGGAACUCUUGGGGUGCAUGGAUGGAGGUCACAUCUGAUUCAGGUAGAUCAUGGAGAAAGUUUGGUCCAAUAUAUAUGGAAAAUCGAUCUCUCAGUGUCAUUCAACCAGUUCCUUACCAGACUGCAAAUGGAAAUUUGCGUGUUUUACUUCGAUCCUUCACAGGUAUUGGUAGUAUUUGUAUGUCAGAAUCCACCGAUGGUGGUCACAGCUGGAGCUAUGCAAAACCCACAAAUCUUCCUAAUCCAAACUCAGGUAUUGACGGAGUCAAACUGAGGGAUGGUCGCUUAUUACUUGUUUAUAACACGGUGUCAAGAGGUGUGCUUAAGGUUGGCCUAUCUUUGGAUGAUGGUGACUCAUGGCUAGAUGUCAUGACUUUGGAGGAUGAGCCAGAAAAGGAAUUCUCAUAUCCAGCCGUCAUUGAGGCUAGUGAUGGCUCCAUUCACAUCACGUACACAUACAAAAGAAAGCAGAUUAAGCAUGUUGUCUUCAAACUGAAAAUGAAUGGGAAACGUUAAGGAUGAUAACUAAGAAAGCAAGGCUCUGUAUCUGUUUGUAAGCUAUGGCGAAGAUGUGAAGAGUUAAGUGAGCACGGCCAAUAAUCUGCAACAUCCAAACUCUCUAAUCUCGGAAUAAAAUGUUGAGUUACAGUGCAUCAUUUGUACAUUUGGGUAAAUAUGAUUGCUUUUUCUGUGGUGUAUUCAUCAAGAUGACUCGGAUUGUGCUUAUGCAGAACUCUUGAAUGUAUUACUAUCAUUUUUUUUUUUCUUGGGGUGAGCAUGGAUGUAGUUGUAACAGUUAAAAGAGUUUUUGAAUGAAAGAAUAAUAUAUGAAUCUGACA